AUGAGACAGCGGCAGACGUGGGUGUCCUGGCGAUGUGUGGCGCUGAAGCGGCGUCGGGAGCAGCAGCGGCGGCAGCCGCGACAGCAGGCUCGACCUCGGCUUCGCAGCGGUGCCAGCAGCGGAGACGGAGGAGAAAGUUCCUCAUUAGGACCUGGCGAGCCCAAGCCUAAUCAACGGCCCCGCGAGGCCUCUCCUGCCUCCCCGGCCGGGGAUGAAGCCGGAAGGCGGCCACACGGGGCCCAGCACAAAGGCUUGUCCCCGGGGGCCUCCGUCGCCAGCCUAGAGCUGCCCGCCGAAGCGGAGCCAGCGCCGGGGCCCUCAUCCCAGCUGGUCCCUGGGGACGGCUGUUGCCAGUCUCCCCGAGGCCCAGGGGCCCGAACGCCGAGCCCCUUGUUCCCUCGGCUACGGUGGGACCGGACAGCUGUGCAGCCUCCGCCACUCCCGGCCGUAGAGGCCUCACGGAGCACGUCUGGGGGGAGCGACAUGGAGAAAGCCAUCAAGGAAACCUCCAUUUUAGAGGAAUAUAAUAUCAAUUGGACUCAGAAGCUGGGAACUGGAAUUAGUGGUCCAGUUAAAGUCUGUGUAAAUAAAUCUACUCAAGAACAGUUUGCACUGAAAAUUCUUUUUGAUCCUCCAAAAGCUAGAAAUGAGGCCCAACUCUUUAAUUGUAAUGGAGAUGAUGGAAGGGGGAGAGCUAUUUCACAAAAUCAGCCAGCACUGGCACUUUACAGAGAAGCAAGCCAGCCAAGUAACAAAGCAAUAGCUUUGGCUCUACAGCACUGUCACUUGUUAAACAUCACUCACAGAGACCUCAAGCCUGAAAAUCUGCUCUUCAAGGAUAACUCUUUGGAUGCCCCAGUGAAGUUGUGUGACUUUGGAUUUGGCAAAAUUGACCAAGGUGACUUGAUGACACCCCAGUUCACCCCUGAUUAUGUUGCACCUCAGGUAUUGGAGGCACAAAGAAGGCAUCAGAAGGAGAAAUCUGGAAUCAUACCUACCUUGCCAACACCCUACACUUACAACAAGAGCUGUGACUUGUGGUCCCUAGGGGUGAUUAUCUAUGUGAUGUCACAUCCUCCUUUUUACUCCAAACACCACAGCCGAACUAUCCCAAAGGAUAUGCGGAGAAAGAUCAUGACAGGCAGUUUUGAGUUCCCAGAAGAAGAGUGGAGCCAGAUUUCAGAGAUGGCCAAAGAUGUUGUGAGGAAGCUCUUGAAAGUCAAACCAGAGGGAAGCCUCACCAUGAAGGGAGUAUUGGACCACCCAUGUCUCAACUCGACUGAGGCCUUGGAUAAUGUGCUACCCUCUGCUCAACUGAUGAUGGAGGCGGUGGUUGCAGGAAUCCAGCAGGCUUAUGCAGAACAGUUGGCCAACAUGAGAAUCCAGGAUCUGAAAGUCAGCCUCAAACCCCUGCACUCUGUGAGCAACCCCAUUCUGAGGAAGAGGAAAUUACUCAGCACCAAGCCAAAGGAUGGUGUUUAUAUCCAUGACCAUGAGAAUGGAGCCAAGGAUUCAAAUGUUGCCUUGGAAAAGCUCUGAGAUGUGAUUGCUCAGUGUAUUCUCCCCCAGCCUGGAGAGAAUGAAGAUGAAAAGUUGAACGAAGUAAUGCAGGAGGCUUGGAAGUAUAACCAGGAAUGCAAACUCCUAAGAGAUACUCUGCAAACCUUCAGCUGGAAUGGUCGUGGAUUCACAGAUAAAGUAGAUCGACCAAAACCGGCAGAAAUUGUGAAGCAAGUGAUAGAAAAGCAAACCAUGCUCCAUGAAUCCCAAUAA